AUGCACUGAGUAAGGUUGGAGGUUAUCUGGACAUGUGUAGAUACCCACAACUGCCGCCUCUUUUUAGUGAUAAAUUAGAACUUUGCUCUGUUUAUUGUGCAACACUUAUCUUCCGCGCAGGUGUGUGAGUGCUGCGUGUACAUGAGUGACAGCAACGCAGACGCUGAGCGGAACGACAGUCCUGCUACAGACAACCACCCCGCGCUGCUCGACUGCUGCGGAGGGCUCAACAACGUCGAUUAUUCCAAGAUGGACUUGACGCUGAUGGAAGCCUUCAUAAAACACAUUAAUGUUUACGACUCCCGCUUGUGUAUUGCUGUGAUUGCCAUCCUUUUUAACCCUUUAUUUUGGAAUGUGGUGGCAAGAUGGGAGCAUCGUACACGAAGACUCUCUGGGCUCUUUGGUAGCCCCUACCUGGCCUGUUGCUGCUUGGGCUUCGUCAUUAUACUGCUAAACAUUUACCGCAGCCACAGUAUGACAGUGGCAAUGAAGGCCCAGGCCAGGUGGGAGGUGAUGGAGAGGACGGAGGUUUUCUACGCUGGGAUAGCUCUUAUGGUGUUUGGUACCCUUCUCGUAGUGAGCAGCUUCCUCGCUCUGGGAUUCACCGGAACCUUCCUAGGUGACUACUUUGGAAUUCUGAUGGAUGAGAAGGUAACAGGCUUUCCUUUCAACAUCACAGAGAACCCAAUGUACUGGGGCAGCACAGCUAACUACCUCGGCUUGGCACUCAUUGGUGCCAGUCCUGUCGGUCUAAUUCUUACUGCCAUAGUGGCCGUGGCAUACAAGGUGGCAAUAAGCUUUGAAGGACCAUUCACCGAACAGAUCUAUCGAGAGAGGAGUCUGCGCCACAAACAUGAAUAAUUUCCCCCGGACACGUCCUGUUUCGGGAUCAGCUGAGGAUUCCCUCCGGUGUGAACAGACUGAGAGCCUUGGUCAUUAUUUGACCUCCUCCAUGGAUACGAAGGAAACAUCCCCACUGCUGAUCCGUCUGUUUUUCUGUUAGUUCAAAGUGAUUUUGUGAAAGGGGAGUCUACAUGCAGGAUUUUUUCUAAUCCUGUCACAUGACUGUGACAUACUUUAGAUGUGCUAAAAAAGGAACCAGUCCUUUUGAGAUCGAGAAUCGAAAUGUCGAUAGUAUCGAUUCAAACGCUGGUUUAGUAUCAGAUUGAUAAUUUGCUUCUAUCCCCAAAGUUCAGUGUGUAACCCACUUAAUUGUGUUCAAUAAUUAGUUUUUUUGUAAAUUAAAAAUAUACCUCAAACAUGCACUGUGAAACAUGUCUGAACCUUUUUGUGUUGACUGUCAUGUUUGUUUAAUUUAGGACCUAUAGCACAUUUAAACAAUAGAAGCUGACUGGAAGUGCUUCAGAGACUGAAAAUACAUGAAAAGCUGAAAGGUGUCUUUUGUUGUGUUAUUGUGGAAAGUAAAAAUCACAGUGAUUUUAAUGGUCAUUAAAAUGUGUUCAGAAUUUGCAAAAUGAUGAUGAUUCAUCUCAUAAGCCAUGACACACUGCUCCUCCCGACAUAAGCCGCCUUUAUAAGUUAAAGGUAUCGGUAUCAGCAAUACCGGCUCUGUAUUUACUUGGUAUCAGAUCAAUACUAAACCUUGCAGUAUUGCAAAGCACUACUAGAGGGCAAAUCUGCUUGACCUAUCAACAUGUUUAACACUCAGCUGUAUCAUAUUUAUCUGUAUAUCAAUUAAAGAUCAGCAGCAAAAAACAGGAAGCCAUAAUAUUCUUCAAAGCAGGUGGAGCGCAGAAAUCUUUUCACAGAUAAGAUGUUACAGAUGUUACAGAUGCAUAGUGCCGGACAAACCUGCUGCAACCGCUUUGUGCAACAUGCAUAACUGCCUGAAAAAGAAUUCAAUGUUUUUUAUAAUCUACAUCUAUCAAAACAGCAAACAGAGGGGGCAGUACUGCAGGGAUAUCAGAGGGCUUUGCUCAGUUGAGAUGUGCUAGUGAAUUAUGCAGGUGAGUCAGAAUGUAUAAUUCAAAUGCAUUUGAAAUGACUGGAGAAAUUCAUGAAUAACCUUUUUAAUUAUAUCUGUAUUUAAGAUCUCCAACUGUAUAUUAUUAUUAAAAGUCCCAGUGACCCUGUUGUUUUUUAUAACUCUCCAGUUGUAUCGUCCUACAGUGUGUCUGUGCACUUUUCCAGCUGAAUUACUGAAUUUUACCUACAGGAAGUGUACUGUUCUAGAUAUUACAUGAUGUAAAUUGCUUAUUUUUAAGUUUUAGCCAAGA